UAUCUCUCUCUUUCUUUAGGUACUCAUUAUUCUUGCACAUUAUUCUUGUUCUUCAAGUUUGCUUCAAACUCUUACGUGGGCGGGAAAUGAACAGGCCGGGGGAUUGGCACUGCAGGUCAUGCCAGCACCUGAAUUUCCAAAGGCGGGAGUGUUGUCAGCGCUGUGGAGACUCCAAAUUCGGGGUGUUCGCCGGCGGCGGCGGCGGAAGGUUAGCAACUGGAAGAAGUAGCGUACCGUCGUCUUACGGCGGCGUUGCUUCCCCGGGAUCUGACGUCCGCCCCGGCGACUGGUACUGCGGCGUCGGAAACUGCGGGACCCACAACUUUGCCAGCCGAUCGAGCUGCUUCAAAUGCGGUGCGUUUAAGGACGAGUCAGCAGCUGCCGGAGCCGGCGCCGGUGGAGGGUUUGAUUUUGACAUGUCACGUGCUUCCAGGGGCUUUGGAUUUGGGACUAAUGCCUCACGUGCUGGCUCCUCUUGGAAGUCUGGUGAUUGGAUUUGUACCAGGUCGGGAUGCAACGAGCACAACUUCGCAAGUAGAAUGGAAUGUUUUAGAUGCAAUGAUCCAAGAGACUCGUCCUAAGAUUUCAAUCUAUCCACUCUUUCAUCUAAAAUUUAGGUCUUUAGAUAUAAUAAUACAUAGUUUAUUUCCUUCCCUUUUCAUUUGAUUUUGUUUUGUAUGCUCCAAACCUAUGGUCACAUUGAGUUGUAUUGCUUUAGGACCUCAUGUUUUUUGUGUAUUUUACUUUCUUUUUUGGUAGUCAACAUUUUAAUUGUUGUUAUUUAAUAUUCCAUCUAUAUAUCAUCUUUUUGGGCCAUAA